UAUUGUAUUGCAUUUUAACUUGUUUUGUCUUAGUUUCAGCCUGCAAACAAAGCUGUAAUGUCAGUAGGGACAACCCAUUUAUCAAGUGUUGCGGUCAUUUCACAGAGCAACAGUGACAGUGGCACGUGCUCUCAUUGGUCCACUGAGUCCAGUACACCAACCGUUCCAGAAGAAAUAGAUGCUUCAAAUAAAGCUACAAAGCCAGAAGCAAGGGCCAAUGCCUCAAGUAUUGAUGUUUCACAAAGCAGCAGUGAGAGUGCAUAUUGCUCGCAUAGGCCCAUGGUAUCUAUUGCUCAACUUAAUCCGGCACAAAGAGAUUUGGGGGAUGCACUCCAAGAGGCAGUUGAUAUAUUUGGGCGGGAAAACAAAGAUGUUGAUGAAAUAAUUGCCAACACACGCCAAGAGAUACAUGAAUUGAAAAAUAGGCAAACUUUGACAGAAAAUGUUCUAAAGAAUCUCCUAUGCACUUGUCAUGGUAAGCCAGUUGUGAUGUGUCUGGGAAUUGAAGGUGUCUAAAUAAACUUUGAUUCUGUUGUUCGAUCAAGUGGAUCGCUGAUGCCAAUGCUGUAAUUAAUUA